AGUCCUGGUUCCAAACAUAUGGGACAGAUGGUUCCAGUUAAAUGUGAUCCAUGAUGUGGAGGCCUCAGAUGUGAAGGUUUAUGUUGAUAAGGUUCUAGUUUUUGAAGCUCCGGGCCAUGGUGGGAUACGAUUAUUCAUCUGGGGUAUGGCAAUUUGAAGGGCAAGGGUUUGUGCCUAAUGGUACUUCUGGUGUGUGCAUUAUGCAAGUGUUCGGGGUACACCCUUCUGGUAGCAAUCUUAUGAUUAGGACCUAUAAUGAUUCACUUUCUUAUUAUAGGCAUCCACUCCUGCUUCAAAACAUAUGGGACACAUGGUUCCAGUUAAAUGUGAUCCAUGAUGUGAAGGCCUCUGAUGUGAAGGUUUAUAUUAAUAAGGUUCUAGUUUAUGAAGCACCGGACCAUGGUGGUAGCUCCCAUUAUUUCAAAUUUGGUGUUUAUACACAAAAUGAUCCUUCUUACUACAUGGAGUCAAGGUGGAAGGGAAUUAGAGUUCUCAAAAAAUGUACAUGA